UUAUUAUUUUGUUAUUCUUUGUUAUGAUUGAUUAAACCUAGGAAUUUUCUAAAAGCAAUUGAGAGUUUUCCAUUCAAAUUAAUAUUCGUAAUUAGCAAUACCUUCAUCCAAUUUCACCUGAUUUCGAUUUUGGCUCCCAUUUUCUGUAAUCUUUGAAAAAAAAUUCAAAUAAUCUGGUGCAGUUUGCCAGAUUUGAGAUAGCUGGUCAAAUUCAUAAAUUCACUGCUAUAAAUACACACCUUACAAAUUGCGCCGCCCUGAAUUCUUCCGCCGCAAUCUAUUCUCUGUAAUUUUACAGCGCAUACGCCGCUGCCGUUUUUCUCCAUUGCCGUUGAAACUAUAAACAAGAGUGAAAAUAAGCGAAUUCCGGAGAAUUUUUAGGCGGAGGUACGAAAAAUCGAGGUUUUCAUGGAAGAAUGGACUGAAUUGAGAGAUGUUGUUGUUGUUGAUAAUGAUGAUGAUGAUGAUGAAAAUGAUGGUGUUGAUAAUGAAAAAGACAAUGGAAAAUUCGGUGUCGCAUUCGAUCUCGAUUUUCAUAUAGAGAAGUUCCGUUUCGAUUCGUCUAAGGAGAGAUUAAGGAGUUUGUUUGACCAAGUGCUUGUUGCUUUUAUGAGAGAGAAAUCCGCCAGCAAAUGCGUGAGGCCUACUCCAGUAUUAUGCGGGGAUGGGCGUCGGGUCGAUUUAUAUAAACUUUUUUGGGUAGUGAGGAAGAUUGGCGGGUACGACACUGUUUCGAGAAAUAACUUGUGGGGUUUUGUUUCGGAAGAAUGUGGAUUAGGGUUAGGGGUGAUGAUUCCGUCCGUUAAAUUGAUUUAUAUGAAGUAUUUGAACGAGUUGGAUGAAUGGUUGGGGCAAGUCUUUAGCAAGAGAUUUUUUGAGGACGGGUAUAGUAGACUCGUCCAGAAUUUGGAUUUACUGUCUCACGAAUUGGAAAGUAGGUCAAGAGGUUUGUCGGACAAGCAGAAGCGAAGAAAAGACCGUAAGCUUCGGAGAGAUAACAAGGACAGGGCACACAAAGCUCGAGAUAUUAACGAGGCUGAGUUACAUAUUUCUCCAAAUGGGAACGAUGAUUCGGCUGCAUCGGCCAAGAAGGUAGUUGAAAAUGCCGUGAAAGAAACAAAUCACUUUUCUAAAGGACUAACCCGUGAUGACAGUGGAAAAUCUUGCAACGGAGACCGUGGUAACAUCGUGGCACCCGCCAAGAAAGUCGUUGAGAAAAUUAUCGAAGAAGUCCUUGAUUGUGGAGAAAAUAACGGUUUUGCCACUGAUAAUUACGAUGAUGAUGGCACAGAAAGAUUUCCUGUCCAUGACAACAAUGAUGAUUCCACAUCAACGAAGAGAGUCGUUAAGGAAGUCCUUCGUAAAAGACACGAUCAUUUUGAGGAAAACACUGGUGAUGAAGUGAUAUUAAGUUCUCGACAGGAGAUUAGUGAUACUGUUCCAGUGACAAGUGGCAUUGGGAAUGUAUUGGAAUCUCGGAAAAGAAAACGGGAAUCGGAGUCCUUUUCGGAAAUGCUGAACUGGUUGAUCCAUGCCGCAAAACAUUCGGAUGAUCCUUCAGUCGGGUUGAUACCAGAAUGCUCGACGUGGCGUGACUAUGUGAAUGAGGAAUUCUGGGCUCGAGCUAUGUUAGUUCGAGAAGGAUUGCUGAUAAAAAAGCAUGCUAAAAGAGAUACGGGUGAAACUCUCGUGAAGGAUCAGCAGAAGAAGCCAAGGAUGCAUCCUUCAAUGUACGAAGAUGACGAUAUUCUUGAUCACCAAUCUACGGAGAAACUAAGAUGCAGUAAGAGGAUAUCUUCUUCGACAAAAUCUUACUUAUGCCCAUGCUGCAUUUCACGUGCACCCCCUCAAAGUAAAGAUAUCACCCAUCAAAAUAGCCCUCAAAGUAAAAACGCCACUCGUCAAAACAUCCCUCAAAGUAAAAACAUCACUCAUCAAAAAGACCCUCAAAGUAAAGGUACCCCUCAUCAAGAAGAAGCAGAUGCUCCAAGUAGCCCGAUCGAGCAAGUGAAAUCAGUUCUCACGGAUAUUGAUGAGCUACCUAAAUACUUAAAUGAUCACAAGUCCAAAGUUUCCGUGGGCCCUCUUUUCCAAGCUGAAGUCCCUGAAUGGACUGGCAAGCUGUCUGAGAGUGAUCCUAAGUGGCUCGGUAAAAGAAUGUGGGCCCCGCAAGAUGGUGACAAAAACUCCGUAGUCAGAUCGGACGGCAUCGGGAAAGGAAGACAACAUCAUUCAUGCAACUGCCCGUUUCAAGAUUCCGUUGAAUGUGUUAGGUUUCAUAUAGCCGAGAAGAGGCUAAAAUUAAAACUCGAACUCGGUAAUUUCCUGUUCUACAAUUGGCGGUUUAAUCACAUGGGAGAGGAGGUUUCGCUUUUCUGGACCGAAGAAGAGGUGAAGAGAUUCAAGUGUAUGACGAGGUCGUACGCUCCUUUCUCUAACAAGUUCUGGAAGAAUGCUCCCAAGUCGUUACCUUUAAAAACGAGGGAAAAUUUAGUUAGCUAUUAUUUUAAUGUUUUCCUUAUCGAGCGGAGGAGUUAUCAGAAUCGGGUGAAUCCGAGAGAUGUUGAUAGUGAUGAUGACGAAAAGGAAUGUGGACUUAUAGGUGCUAGUUUUGGAUAUAAAGCGCUUUAUAUACCUGGCCCGAACUUAGUUACGUGCACCCUGAAUAUGGAGUCCACCGAAUUCGAAUAGUCAAACUACAAGGUUUGUGCUUUUUUGCUUUAUUCUCUCUCUCUCUAUGCAAUUAAUUGCCCUUCUUGUAAGUAGUUAAAGAAUUCACUAUUGGAUAUAGUGACCAUUUUAACCAGUUACGAAAUUGCAAUUUGGUGGUUGGAGAAGUAAACUUGAUGGAUCGGGGAUGUGAUAAGGCUAUCGUAAAGCUCGCACUAAGAGCAAUUUUGAAGUAGUUUCUCUAUAGUUACUCCCGUUACAGAUAAUGUCUUCUUGUUGUUUGUGAAUGGUAAACUAUGUAUUGUCUUUACG